GAUCUAUACAAUUCUCCCAAUGGAGAAAACACGUAUUUCCGAAAAUAAAAUAGUUUGUUUUAGGGACAGGACGUAUAUCAGUUGUAUAUUGGACGUUUCCGAGCCAUCCCAAAGCAACAUAAAGUGACACAAUACGGACUACAGGGUAAUUCCGGCGAGUAUCGAUUGCUUUAAUUUGUCGUGGAUGGCAAAGCUGCCAGUGUCUUGGAAGUGAAGGGAGAACGCACGCGACAUUUACUUUGAGGUUUGUGAUUUCCACGGAUGUGUUAUAUAAAUCAACUUCGAUGAUGAGAGGUUGAAGCCCACGUACAGAUAUGUUGACCAUCUACCAUCUCCUAAGGACCUGUCUCUGGACAAUCCCCUUAUUUACCGUCUUGUGGUCAGUUUCAGCCUUCGCCAUCACAUACGGUAUAUCACAGGCGCUGAAUCACACAUCCAAUGUGUUUCCAUACAUAAGUAAAACAGGGACUGAAAUUCCAGAAAGAGGAAUAUUCUCCCUAGCCAUCUUUAUCUGCAGUCUUUCAAUGGCUCUUAAUUCAGAGAUUCGAUUCCAGUAUGUCCGCCUUAUGAUGACGCAGAUGUCCUUGACUCCUGCGGAAAAAUCGCGCUGGAUUACUGCCAACAAAUUGUCCUUAGCGCUAGGGAUUGUAGCUUCGUUUGGAUUGGUGUUUGUUGCUAGUUUCCAGGUGAAUACGCUACCUGUGCCUCAUUACAUGGGAGCUUUUGCGACCUUUGGCCUCGGAUUCAUUUGCUGUUGGAUCCAUUCCGCCAUUACUUACAAACUCUACAAAGAAGAGCGGAAGGCAGAGCUUAAACAUACGUUCAUUUUGCAGAUUUUGGUCAGCGUCACCAUCACCGUCAGCUUCAUUACAUUUAUCAUCAGUUUUGCUUCAUAUAGAUAUCAGAAAAACAAAGGCUACGGCACUAAGGAGAACGAACUGCGAGAUAUAUUUCAGUCCGCCUCCAUCUCGGAAUGGGUGUUAGCCAUCAGUACCAUUUCCUUUGUCCUGACGUUUAUACCUGGAUUUAGGAAAAUCGAAUUCGAUGGAUUCAAUGUCAAAUUUAAACAACUUGUAACUAACAGCAAAACAAGCGCUUGCCGGAGGUUGUGCAGCUGUUGUUCUUGAAUGGAAAGUUGAAGGAUCCUGCAACUGUUUAUCACAUAUUUCUGCAAUCACAAAGAUUGACAAAGUCAAGAGAUACCCCAUACUGUCAAAAUUCAAAGUUUUUAAAUCGUGUUUGGUUGACAGUCUAUAAUUUGCUUACGAAGAUCGUAGAUGAUCUUACGUUGAUAUUCACUUUAUUUAAUUAAGCAUUCAUUUUCUAUUGACUUAAAAUAUUCAGUUUAUUAUUCCUCACCGCAAUCAAAGUAAAGGAGCAUGUAGGAUCGCUUUGCCCGUCUGUCUGUCGUGCCACCGUUCCUCCCAAUAUUUGUUGUCAGGAAACAAAGGUGUUAUGGCCAACUAGUUUUUCAAGUCUUGACCAAAGGUCGUAUGGUCAUGGUCUGUUUUAUGUGUAAUAAAUAUAACUUUUUUUCCGGGUCAAACCUUUGUAUAAUGCGGACACUAAAUUAUUCUAAGUACAAAGGAUCGAGGGGUGGGUGUUAUAUAAUGGACAAAGGACAGGGGUUAAAACGUGUUAAACUAGACCCAUGACUUUGUUACCCAACUAGAUCAGAAGAACAAGUUUAAUUACUUUGACCCAAGGUGAUUUGCCCAAGGUAACUGGUAUGAAAAGUUUGACCCCCCCCCCCCCGGAUUACAACAGACAAUCAUACUUAACACAGCGGUGACUAUUGGUAUACUGGUGUCAUGCAUGGCCUUGAUACAAGGUCAUUUAGACUAGAACAAAUUAAAACAAUCAUACCAUAACCCAUACAUGUAGCUCAAGAGAGCAGUGAUUUUACAUGUAGAUUGAUUGGCUGUUGGAGCUUUAACGCCGUUGUGACAAUCUUUCAGCCAUUUUACGGUUUUUAGAAGCUUGUAUGCAUAGGGAUAUUACAGACUGUAUACAAUUGAUGUGACAAGAAAGGAACAAAGGUUUUUAACAUGCAUAGAGUCAAAUAUUUAAAGCAAACAGAGUAGAAUCUAACAUGGGAAUAUUACUAUUCAUUUCAAAUAUUGAUAUAUUUGAACACCCCCUCCCUCCAAAAAAAAAAAAGACCAUCUAAAUUGCAACAUUUUAGGCCUACAUACACAGCGAGUCAUAUGAUCAUAUUCAAUUUACAUCCAAAGGUUGGGGGUCUAUGAUGAACACCAAGAUAUGUAUUUUAAAGUUGUUUUUCGUACUUCUUUGUUGUGUUACAUAUAUUUUCUCGAGAAAUUGCAAUUGGAAUUCAAGCUGAUGCAAGAUAUACCUGUCUAACAAAACGAUCGCUUCUGUUGUUCAACAUGUAUCGACUCGCUGUCGGGAAUUGGCCUGUGUGUAUAGAACAUUGAGAGAGUUUGAACAUUGCUGUUUUGAAGUGUCUUGUGAAGUUGAACUUUAUUUGUGUAAUAAAAUCUUAUUUUGU